GUGAAACGUUACCACCGGGCUGGCGGCAUAGUUACACCACGACGUCGGCGGCCGUCGUCAUUCCCGUUUUCUUUACACGACGCACGCACGAACACACGCUGCGCGUCCUCCGCCUCGACGACCCGCGUUCCAUUCCAAUCCACACACGCACGCACGUACACACACGUAAAUGCCGUGUGUGCGCUCGUCGCCGUUUGGCUUGGCUCUCUUACUCGUCAGUCUCGUACCGAUCGGCCGACUGAAUAGUUCCGUCGUUGUCGCUUCUAUAAUAUUUUAUCGGAACAGAAAUAAUCUAAAUAUUAUUAUUAUCGUUAUUAUUUAUUAUUAUUUCCAUCAUCAUUGUUAUUAUUGAAAUAUAUAUAAAUACAUAAUUAAAUAUUCGGUAUAAUUGUGCGUGUGUGGAGUGUAUAAUAUUAUAUUAUCAUGUGUAACUGGUUUGUUUGUCGUCGAAGGUUUGACUCUUUCCGAUUGCAUGUCACGUGUUAGAAGGAAUCUACGAAAAACAAUAAUAUACUUCUUAAUGACCAUCACUGUCGUUCGCCGUUCGUGUUUUCUGUGAUUUCGUUUGAAUCCGGUGGCGCUGUGCGUAACAGUAUUGAUCACACGUUUGCUGUAAUAAUAACAUUGUUGUGCUGCCGGUGUGGUUACGGAGCGAAAUGACCACUGUUUACAGUUCCGUGGCUGCAGCUGUCGUCGUUGUCGUCGUUGACGGCGGUGGUACAUUAUAACGACGACGGCGGCGGCGGCGGCAUCGUCUGGGACGACGCCGCACGGACGACAACGGUCGGCCCGACACGGAUGCGUCCGGAAAACGUGGUGCGCACGCCGCGAUCACAUAUCAAGGUGCCGCCGCCGCCGCGCGCGCGUCACGCCGGUCGCCGGCGGACCAGCGCAGUAUUCGGUUCGGCGGGUCGGCGGAAGUAGUGGCCACCAAAUGCGAGGCGGCGUUCACGUGUUUUAUGUUCAUGUUCAGGAGGAGGCGGACGGCAUUAGCUAAACGCUUGUGGAAGGCACGGGUGCGCCGAGACAAUGAAGCCAGGUGUACGGAAAAGACCUCCUCGGCGUCCGCCGCAGCCGCUCAGUCACCAGUAGCAGCAACGGCGACAUCACCUCCAUCAGCGCACCCGUCACCGCCGAUCGAGUCGGACGAACGGCAAUUCCGCAACGCGUUGUUUAAGCGGCUGGAUGAUAGACAACUGGAGACACUGCUUCGUGCCGUGGACACCGGUGGCGUGGACGCGACUGAGUGUGUGGCCGUCCGGCCGUUCCUGUUCGCUGACCCGGCGGUCAUAUGCUGCCGGCUGUGGCGGUGGCCCGACCUCAGGACCGUCGAACAACUAAAGAACACACCUUCCUGCCAGUCGGCCAAACAACCUGAUAUGGUAUGCUGCAACCCGUACCACUGGAGCAGACGAUGUGAAAUCGAACGACCUCCGCCACCAUACUCAAGGUUCGUAAAGGAAAAACUGAAACCUGAAGAUCGUGCACCCAGUGAAUGUAGUUGGGAUAGUAAUGAUGACGAACUUCGUGGCUCGUUUAGCACUGACGGUGACGAAAAACAAAACGAACAAGAAUGGUGUAAAGUGGCAUACUGGGAACUAUCGCAACGAGUCGGCCGACUAUUUCCCGUCGAAACAAAAUCCGUGAAUGUAUUCUGGAACGUUCCACUUGGCACGGGUCUGUCUCUAGCUGCUCUUACUCAACAUCAUUUUUCACCCUCGCAGGGCCCUCCGGAGUCUGUGAUUAGGAAUAGGACUAAAAUAGGACAAGGUCUAGCUUUAAGCCGUGAAGAAGACGGUGUGUGGGCAUAUAACCUGAGUGACUGGCCCAUGUUUGUUAACUCGCCGACGUUGGACGAUCCGGAUAGCAAGUCUUAUUUAGUAUUUCGUGUACCGUCCGGCCACUGUCUAAAUAUAUUCACUGGUAAUCCGCAUGGUGAUCGAAUACGCUAUUCAAACGGCGUGCGAGUCGGACCUGUCGACCCGAACGCCGUACGCAUCAGUUUCGCCAAAGGAUGGGGACCCAAGUAUUCCAGGCAGGAAAUCACAUCCUGUCCGACUUGGAUCGAAGUUUUGCUCGAUCCUUGCAGAUGACACAGGGUGACCGGACACGGAAUGUGAGAUAAUGAUGUUAUUCUAUAAUUCUCAAAUUAAACACUAGUUAUAAAGACUAAUUUUAUAAAAUUUGUGACUCAAACCAAAUUGUGUUAAAUAUGCCCGUUUAAGGUUCGUGUUUGUCAGUUUUGCGUAUACAUAAUUAAAUUGUCUAUACAAGCAAGAUCUUUGAGCAAACUAAAUUAUUGUUUUUUUUUUUUAAUUUUUAAUUUUUGUAAAAACAAAGAAUACCAUUGUGAUAUUAGUUCAGCGUCCUUAACGACAGCUCUUUUUGUUAAGGGUACGAUGCUAUUUUCAACACGUAAGGGAAACUAGAGCUUAAUGACAUCCACAUUCCAUGAAUUAAUAUUUUGAAAAUUUACCUUUUCUCCUCUAAACCCGUUUUUACAGAUAGUUCCUCCUCCAAUUUAAUAUAAACUAGGUUUUUAUAAUAUUUAUUUUUUUUGUGAUCUAGUCAGGAUAUUUGAAAUUGACUGUUGAUCAAAAUUGGUUAAGGAAUUCAAAUAGAAUAGCAAAUACUAAAAGAUUGUAAUUAAAUACUAAUGUUUUUUUGGCAAUUUUUUUCAUAUAAAUAAAAUUUUGUUAGAUUUUAAGAGAAAUAAAUGUGCCUUGUACCUUUUA